CAUUGCAUUUAUUUUCAUUUCUUUCAAAAUAAUUGAAAAAAUUACAAUUAAGUUGUGUGAAAAUUUAUAUUUUAAAUAAGGAUUUUUUCGAUUCAUCAAAUAUAUUGUAUCCUUUUUUAGAAAAUUUGUCGAAAGUUAUCGGGUAUUACUUUCGAAAACCACAUUCGUUGCAACAAAUACAAAAAUAAGAAAAAUUAAGAGCCAGCGUUUUACACAUAUUGCAAAAUCGCAGAGGAUUAUAAAGAAAUUUCCACAUAAAAAACAAAUAAACCAAAAACAACAGUGCACAUAUCGUUCGAACGUUCGAUCAAGUUUUCCAACCCAGUAAACACCUAUAUUAAAUGACCGAAAUUGCAGUGUGAGACCCAAAUAACGCUCGCCAAGACAAACGACGGGUAUCACACACCAAAAUGGUUACCGGUUACAUAUUCGAUAUAAUCGUAGUGCGUAUUGAUACGCCUAUGCAAAAGUAUGAGGAUCCAAAUCUCUUCACUGUCGAUGUGAAUUACAACAACGUCUCGCUCAGUAUCACCGCCAGUCGCAUCAAUGUGGCCGAGUUUCGUUCGGGUCGCAGUUAUGAAUUCGAAUCCUCACCGGAUGAGCUGCGCGCCGACAUGGAGGCGAGACCACUCAAACUAACCGUUAAACAUGAUAAUGUCGUUGUAGGGUCCGGUGCCAUGAUUUGGCCGGAGUCCGUGCUUAAUAAAGUGACCGAUUCAGCCAACGAAAUCACACAUGUCGAUGAGUGUGAGCUCAUGUUUGAUGAGGAUAAAGUCGGCACCGUUGAAGUGAUCGUGCGCUUGCAAUGCAAGUGCCAAGAAAAUUGUGAUGACUUUCUGGCUGAUCGCGAUGAUAUACGACAACAUCUGGACAAGGUAAUCAAUCCGCAUGAUAUACUCUUUGUGGUCGGUGAAACCAACAAAGAAGACGAUUGCACUGGUCUAUUGCCCGAUACGAAUCAUACUUGUGAUGACGAUCGUUAUACGACAGCGCUCGACUUGUCACGCUAUCGUGCGAUCAACGGACGACUCGUGCCAACGCCCGAUGUGCUGAAUACCUGUGGUAAUACCGAGUGCUGUGAGUUGAAGAAAAUGUCCAACACCUAUCAAAAACUGAUCGAUUCCAUAGCGGCUGCGAACGAUAAGCGCUCUUGUCGUGCCAGCACUCAUGUACGUGAUUGUCCGCACGAGAAUAAAUAUUCCUCGAGCAGUACCAGAGAUAGUUCAGACUGCAGAUUUCCUUGUUCUUGUUUCGCCAAUCAACACUCGGAGAAUGGCGCGUUCGCGGGUGAAAAGCUGAUUAAUAUUUGUCCACAAGCACAGCCGAAUACUAAUCAAACGGUUAUGCACACACCGAGGCACUGUCCAGUCUGUAAAGAGAAUAUCUCUUGGCUGCCGAAACUUGCUUGCUGUCCGAAAUGUGGUUACAAGCCCGUACCGUAUGUGGAAGAGAAGCCUUACAAUGAGAAAAUGACGGCCGAUCAAAUACUACAAGAGUACCUGGACAAACAAUCAAGUGGUACCGAUCAGAAAUUAAGCGACUGCUGUCGUCAUGACGCCGGUGAAAUGCCCUCAACUACGGAUAAGAAGGAAUGUCGCUGCACUUGUAAAAAUGGCAAGAUAUGCGCGCAUUGCCGCAUACGUAAGCUGUGUGAAGACAUCUUCCAGCCACCACGUCCGCCAGAAGAACCGGAAGAGGAUUGUGGCAAGUGUGAAUCGGAUGAAAUGUUCAAUGUAUGCAAGACCAGCAGUAAAGACUGUCGUCCUUAUCUGGCACGCGUAUUCUCGGAAUUACGAGACUUAUACGAUAUAAAGAAGGCACAGUAUAAACCCUUUAAGCAAGAUGAACGUUGUGAAAAAGAGUUACAAGGCGGUGUACAAAAGAAGCGUGCGCCACAAGAGGCUACUGAUAAAGCAGAGAAACCGAAGAAAAGUCCACCGGAAGAGGAGCAACCGUCCAGACGAAAGAAAAAAACUCGAACGAGGGCUAAGCAGAAUGAAACCGAGCAAACUAAGAAAGAUAAAAAGGCCUACACAUAUGGUGGUGAUCGGUCUUUCCCUUUUAAGGACGUUCGUCACCAGAAAUGCGUCAAUGGCUUCAACAUUGGCAAAAAGAAUGUACCACGUAAUAUGGGUUGGUUGUGGAAUUUAGAUACGAAUGGCAAAAGACGCGGCUGGAAACCAGGCGCCAUACGUAAACCCAUUAAAGAGAUUAUGCGGUUCUUCCUGAAAGACUACCCAGCCGAUACGAUACGUGUUUCCCAGUAUGCAUAUCGUGAUCAAGGCAAAGGUGAUGGUAAAGAGUGUGAGGAGGAGAUGGUGCAAAGACCCACAUUACAUAUAUGUAAAAAGAAUGAUGAGUACUUCAUAACGCUACGUCCGCUGAAGGAUGCCGAAGCAUUGAAGGAGUGCGCCGAUCCGUAUCUCAACAUGAAACCGAUACAAUUUAAAAUAACCAAAAAUCCUUUAAUGGUGGAAAUGAGUAAGUUGAAGCGUUGCCUCAAACAAAUGGGCUUCGCCAAGUGUACUUGCCACAAACCAGUGAUUGAGUGCUUCUGUCGCAGUUUCUUGGACAAGAAACGUUUGGAGUAUCAGGUCAGUAAGGAAUGUCGCAAGCGACAAAUACCCUGCUGCAAUAGCACGCUGGUACUGUCCGACACCACAGACUCAGAUGUGGAGUUUGAUUUCGGCGUGACACCACCAGCUGGUGUUAUUAAACCAGAGCGCCUCAAGAAACCCAACUUAGUCAACCAUGGCACACAGUAUGUGGAGAAUGACUGGAAUAUACAACCGAAGUAUCCAUUCCCGCCCAACCGAUUCAUGAAGUCAUAUAAUUGUGCAACCGGUGCACACUACGAUUUCAGCGGUGGUGGUUAUGGUGGCGGUUUUGGUGGUCCAGGCGGAGGUUGGGGCCCUGGUGGUGGCUGGGGUCCGGGUGGUGGUAGAGGUGGUUGGGGUCCUGGUGGCGGCAGAGGUGGUUGGGGACCAGGUGGUGGUCGUGGUGGCUGGGGUCCGGGUGGUGGUAGAGGCGGCUUUGGACCUGGCGGCGGUAGAGGUGGUGGCCCCGGUGGUUGGGGUCCAGGCGGUCGAGGUGGACGCGGUGGUGGCAGAGGUGGUUGGGGUGGACCAGGCGGCCCAGGUGGUGGACCCGGUGGCGGACCUGGCGGUCCGGGUGCAAUCGGUCCAGAUGGCAAGCCAAUACCAGGCGGUGGUGUUGAUAUGAUGAAGUAUUUGAAGAACAACAAAGGUGGUGCUGGUGGUGGCCCUGGCGGAUCUGCAUAUCAAGCGCGCUUGCGGCGUGAACGUUUAACCGAAGUUCCACCACCUUUGCUCUGUAUGAUUGAUCGUCGUAGAAAACCGGAUCCCUGCUAUUAUCCUUGCUAUUCACCAUGCUAUCCUUCAUGCUAUUCUCCGUGUUAUCCGUGUGGCGAUUGUUGUUAUCCGUGUCCAGAACGAAUAUGUUGAUUGUUUUGCUUAUAAAAUUAGAAAAGUGAAAAAAAAAAUUUAAA